AUGCAAAGCUCUCCAGAAGAACAACUCGCCAAUCAUCUCGCAGCACAGCCCGCCAACUUCGACAACCGGUUUACACACUCUGCGAAUUGUGAUCUCCGGCAGAUCCUCUUCAAGUCUCUUGCAGCCCAGCGACAGGACUACCUCCGCCUCUUCUUUCCAGACGGCCCUCCACCUGACAGAUCGAAGCCAUGGUCGCUCAGUGAUGCACAAGGGGCGAUAGAAGGAGCAGAAUACACCCCCGCUGCAAAGGGAACAGCGUGCGGGCACAUCUUCAAGAAUGGAGAGAGCACAUAUCACUGCAAGACAUGUGCAGCCGAUGACACCUGUGUGCUCUGUGCCAAGUGCUUCGAGAGUAGUGACCAUGAGGGCCAUGGCGUGCUCAUUUCAGUCAGUCCCGGCAACAGUGGCUGCUGCGACUGCGGGGAUCGGGAAGCGUGGAAGAGAGAUGUGAAGUGCAGCAUACAUACCGCUGAUGUGAACGAGGAGGCUCAAGGUGGAAACGUACACGGCAAGCAGAAGGCGUCUGUGGGUAGCCUGGGGAGUGCUCUACCACCAGAUCUUGUGGAAGCCAUUCGGAUGACCAUCGCCCGGUGCGUGGAUUACCUGUGCGACGUCUUCUCGUGCUCGCCCGAGCAGCUGCGGAUGCCAAAGAGUCAGACGAGCAUCUUGCGGGAUGAAAGAGAAAGCAGACUUGAGGGCGUCUACGGGGAUGAACAGCAAGAGCAGAAUCUCGAAUACUGUUUGGUGCUGUGGAAUGAUGAGAAACAUACUGUGGACGAUGUGCAGAACCAAGUCGCGAGAGCUUGCUCCAAUACGAAGAGGUUCGGCUUUCAGAAAGCUAUGGAAGUCAACGAUGUUGGGCGGAGCAUUGUCCACUACUCGAGAGACCUGGAAGAGCUACUACGAAUGGCCGAGAUCAUCGAACAGCUCAAGGUGACAGUGACGAUCAGAUCGGCAAGAGACAUUUUCCGAGAAGAACAAUGUGCCAUCAUCAUCCACUGGAUAUCUGACAUUGCUGGUUGUUCGGUGGGCAACGAGCCAUACCUGUUGCGCAACAUUGUGUGCGAAGAGCUGCUGAAGCCCUGGCGCGAGAGCAGUAUAACAACCAACAAGGACAUCGGCAGAGACGGCAUCGAUGACCAUGAACAGGAUGAGAACGAGAAGACACAGCGAAAGUAUAGAGCACUGCUGCAACCCCUUCGCGCCGCUGCUAAUGUAGUUCGACUGGAGGUCGAGAUCCAAGAUCCCAUGGAUGAUGACGAGGACGAUAAUGAAGAUAAUGAUAAUGAAGAGGAUGAAGAAGAGGAAGGCGACGAAUUCUACAUGGAAGUGGCCGAGGGUCCUGAUGACAUGGACGUGGAAGUGGGAGACCUGAGACGCGCAUCAGAAGCUGCUACCAACAGUCUCGACGCAGCGGACAUGGACAUAGACAUCAUGGAAGAGAACGACGAAUUGGGCGAGGCAACGAUAGCAGGCUAUCCGCCUCCUGCACCACCGCCGCCUAGAGGCGAGAGACGCACAAUUUUCACACCGCAGGACAGCGACGAGCGCGAGAACAACGAACACCAACCCCCGGCAAGACGUGAUCCAUAUCCGAGGGUGCCUGCUACGCCAAAAGCGCGAUUCACUAGACUGACACGCCCAAGCAAGCACUGGCUGGAGAAGCCAGACGGCUACAAAGCACCCAGACCAAGCGAGCCAUGCGAAGAUCUGUGGCAGCGGGUACGAUUGGACUGGUUGAUACUCUACGACUUACGGCUCUGGAAGACUUUACGAAUACACCUGCGACACCUGUACAUCACGACAGUGGUGACCAUUCCACACUUCAAGCGCAUCCUAGGCUUGCGCUUUGCUGGGCUGUACACUACGCUGGCGCAGCUUUAUCUCAUUGCGGACCGCGAGCCGGACCACUCAAUCAUCAACUUGAGCGUGCAAAUGCUGACAACGCCGACUAUCACACAGGAGGUCGUGGAGCGAGGAAACUUCUUGACGAACCUGAUGGCGAUCCUCUACUCGUUUAUCACGACCAGACAGGUUGGCUUCCCACAGGAUAUCAAUCCGCAGGCUACCUUGGCCUUCGACGCAGGCGCGGUCACGAAUCGAAGAAUGUUCCAUUUCUUCUUGGAUCUUCGAUGGCUCUUUCAGUCUGAGUUCAUUCAUUAUCGCAUGCGCUACGAACCACGAUAUCUUUUGCAGUUCCUGGACCUGGUCAAGCUGCACCAGGGCGUCUGCCCGAAUGUGCGAGCUACUGGUGAACAUAUCGAGUACGAGUCGGAUACUUGGAUUAGUGCCAGCAUGAUCGUCAAGGAGAUCAACAAGCUCUGCAAACAAGUGGCCGUCUCCUUCGAACCCCAUCACAAGUUCGACGAUGGGAACGCAAGCCUGCAGCGUGCUGUUCGAAAUGUAGCACAGGUCACUAUGAUCAACUCGUUUGGGUAUGAGCGCAAGCGCUUCGCCACUGCCGAACUCAAGGAUGACCUGGCCUGGCAUCAAAUCGGUCCUCUAGUGCACGAUGGCAAGAAGUAUAGUGUACCUCGUCAUGCCGUGCAGUCAGAGCCGAUGAGUUUUCACCACCCUCUGCACUACCUACUAUCCUGGCUCAUUGAGAACGCGAAGGGUAUGAGCAGAGACGAGAUGCGCUCACUACUGUGCUUCUCACCUGCCGAUCUCAGGGAUCCCUGGAAUGCUACUCCCAAGGGUGGUGCAGCACCUAGCAGUCUCACCGGGGACGAGCUAUUGAGCGCCAUCUUCGAACAUCCUCUCCGUGUCUGUGCAUGGCUUGCACAGAUGAAGGCUGGCAUGUGGGUCAGAAACGGCAUCACUCUUCGUCACCAAGCUCAUACAUACAAAAGCGUCUCACAUCGCGACGUGGGAUAUCAGCGUGACAUCCUCAUGGUCCAGGCAGGUCUCGUAUUGUGUGGCGCUGACGAUGAGCUUCCUGGCGAGAGAUUCCUUGCUCAGAUGAUUGAUCGUUUCCAGAUGGACGACUGGAUCUUAGGCGAUUACCAAAUCGUGCCCGGCUACGAAGAAUCUCAACAACUAGAUGUCUUUGAAGACUUCUUCCAUCUGCUGGUAAUAGCAUUAUCUGAACGAGGCAAUCUACAGCCACACCUUGGCUCGGAAGAGCAACACGCGAGAAUGCUCCAGCAUGAUAUCGCGCAUUCGCUUUGCUUCAAGCCACUAUCAUUCAGCGAGCUGAACCAGCGAGUCACGGAGAAAGUUGGCGAGUCGGAUGACUUUCAACGCGUGCUCGAAUGCAUGACCAACUAUCGUGCACCAGAGGGCUUGCAAGAUACUGGCACAUUUGAGCUCAAGCCCGAAUACAUCGAGCUGGUGGAUCCUUUCUUCGCACACUACACGCGAAACCAACGCGAAGAGGCAGAAAAUGUCUACAGGAAGUACACUGCCCGCAAGACUGGCAAGAAGGUGGAAGAUAUCGUCUACGAAACGCGCUUGGAACCUAUCGAGAGCGGCAUGUUUACGCAUUUGGCAGCAUUCACGAACACACCACUUUUCGUACAGUUGGCUGCAUCAGCACUGCAAUUUGCGCUUCAUGUCAAAGAAGCAGCACCCAAGGUGCAGGUCACGAGGGUUGAGACAUUCCUCCAUAUGGUGCUGCAUUUGAUCCUUCUGGCUGUAGUCGAAGACAGAAGCGGCGCAGAGGAUGGAUUUGUCAAGCUGGCGUCCUCAGUGACAUGCAACUUCGCAGCGAACAGCUUCAUACCACAUGAGACUGCGACCACGCUUGUAUCACUGCUGUUGAGUGUCGGCGUCAUGGACGACUACACAGCCUGCCAUCCCGCGAUAAAAAACGUCUUGCGCAAGAUGCAAAUGCGACACCCUGAAAAGUUGUCUGCAAUUGGAGCUCUAGGUGCCAUGCUAGAUCGUGGAGACAGCAGCUCUCCCGCUUCUCUUUCGCUGGAAGACAAGGAGCGCAAGAAGCAGGAGGCGCUGGCUCGUCAAGCCAAGGUUAUGGCGAAGAUGAAGGAACAACAGAACAACUUUCUGCAGAACCAAGGCAUGGCCUUUGGUGACGAGCUCGAUGACUUCGAAGACGACAUGUCCAUCACCGAAGAGCCUGAGAAAGUUGAGCAUCGCAAGACUUGGAGCUUUCCCACUGGCACGUGUAUCUUGUGCCAGGAAGAGACUGAUGAGAAUCGCUUGUAUGGCACGUUCGCCUUCUUCGGAGACAGCAACAUACUUCGCACAACGCCCGUAGAGGAUCCAGACUAUCUUGAUGAGGUCUUUAGGAUCCCACCCAGCCUGGACCGUUCGGCUGAUAAUAUACGGCCCUUUGGCGUCGCUGGCGAUAACAAACGUGACGUACAGCGCAUCGGACCUGAUGGCAAAGCCACAACCGUCGAGAGACAAGGCCUUUCCAAGGGCUUCCCACAUCAGUCAGGUGGAAACAAAGGUCCAGUCUCAACGAGCUGUGGCCACAUAAUGCACUACAACUGCUUCGAACAAUACCUUGCUGCUACAUCGCGACGUCACGGCUCACAAAUCGCCAGAAAGCAUCCAGAGAGGAUCGAUCUGAAGGAGUUUAUAUGUCCUUUGUGCAAGGCGCUCGGCAACACUUUCCUGCCUAUCGUCUGGAAAGAGAAGAACUGCACGCCUGAGCACGAAGUGCACGCAGCCAAAAACUUGUCUGACUGGCUUGCAAGCGUGCACGAGGACUAUCCUGUGGACUACUCAUUCCUCAACGCUGCAUCAACUGCGAUGCAACAUCACCAGCAAGUGAGCGAGAUAUACUCUGACCGUGCGGCGCAAUACGUGACCAGCAUGUUUGCACCGACUCUUAUCCAGAACUUCAACGAUCUAUCACUGGACAACACCACAUCGCCCGUGAGCCCAACACAAGCACGCUAUCCUCUGAGGAGAGGCCACACCCUGUCAAGACUAUUCGGCCUGAAUUAUGGCAACAACGCCGCUACAGCCGCCCAGUCAGAGAUCAUAUCCCAUUCAGCAGAGAUGCUGCGAUUCAGCGAUCUGCUGAGCGCAUAUCGGCGCUGCGAAGAUUCCAUCAAGGCUAACAAGCUCAUCCCCGUCGAUGACGGCGUGUUGAGGAACGACAAUCCUACAGUAGCCUUGUCUCGCGCUCUUGGUAUGACAAUCACUGCCUUUGAGAUUUCGCAUCGUGGCAUGGGCAAUGAUCCGCUCGCCACGUCGCUGGUCUCGGACUUCUCGGAGCAGAAUUUGACGCAUCUGCGUAUACUGUCGGAGACGAUCGAGAGCCAUUUAGCUGUCAACAUGCUUCGUUCGGGCUCCAGUACGAUUGCCAAAGAAACUAUCCGCAGAAGAGACUUGGCGAUGGCACAAUUGAUUGGCAAUGGCCGCGAUUACGAUCAUGAUCUUGAGGACCACAGCUUCAGGCUGAACUCGAAACUGCUCUUCCAGGACGACAUCUUCCUGUUCUUCGCAGACUGGCUUGCACUUCUCGGACCGAAUGUCGCAGAGGCCAACUCCAUCAUGCAAUUGUGUUACUGGGCUGAGAUCGUCAAAGUUUUAUUCGUGCUUCGACCAUUUUUCGCCAACCAGCCUUUCGUACCGAAACCUGCUGAGGCACUACCCGACAGACGUUUCAUCGAUGCAGUCUCCAGGACCAAUUGGGGCCCAGGUUUGAACAGAUUCGGGUUACAGCGCCUCGUAGAUCUACGACAACUGGUUGAGAAAUACGCCCUUGCGUUCCUCCGCAAAUGCGCUGUCCUCAUGGUCGUCCGCUACGGCCUGGAUUUCGAAUGUCCCUACAACAUCGACCCCUCUGCCCCCGAAAUCGACCGCCUCACAUCCCUCCUCCAUAUCAAUUCCAUCGACGAUCUCUGCGGCCUGUACCUCGCCGAAGACAAGUCCGGCCAUAACCUCCGUGAAAUUACGGACCGCUGGAUCGAACAAGCACAUCACGUAGAAGAUCAAGGCAGAGGCAUCAUCCGAACCCCCCACCCCGCCAUCUACGAACUCGUCGGCCUACCAAAGAACUACGACACCCUCACCGAAGCCGCCAUAAAAUGCCGCUGCCCUACGACCGGUAAAGAAGUCCAAGACCCAGCUGUGUGUCUCCUCUGUGGUGAAAUCUUCUGCUCACAAGCAGUGUGCUGCAUGGUUGAGAAGAACCUCGGCGGUUGCUACCAACAUAUGCGGAAGCAUGGCCUCAAGACGGGCAUCUUCAUCAAUAUCCGCAAGUGUAUGGUGCUGUUCUGCCAUGGGCCGGGAACGGGGAGUUUUGCGCAUGCGCCGUAUCUGGAUCGGCAUGGGGAGCCGGAUCCGACGCUGAGGAGGCAUCAUCAAUUGUUCUUGAACCAGAGGAGGUACGAUAAGUUGUUGAGGGAGGUUUGGUUGGGGCAUAUGGUGCCUAGCGUUAUUAGCAGAAAGUUGGAGGCGGAUAUUAACCCAGGUGGGUGGGAGACGUUGUAA